CCGUGGCUGCGAGUUGUGUCGGGUCUCAGCGCCGCUGCAGCCUCCGCCAUGGCGCGACGGGGCCAGGAUGUGGGGCCGGGUGUGGGGCAGCGCUCGGGCUCCGAGGACAACCUCUACCUGGCCGUGCUCAGGGCCUCCGAGGGCAAGAAAGAUGAGCGAGACCGCGUCCAGAAGAAAACCUUCACCAAAUGGGUCAACAAGCACCUCAUCAAGGCUCAGCGCCACGUCAACGACCUGUACGAGGACCUGCGGGACGGGCACAACCUCAUCUCGCUGCUCGAGGUGCUCUCGGGGGACAAGCUGCCCCGCGAGAAGGGCCGGAUGCGCUUCCACAAGCUGCAGAACGUACAGAUCGCCCUUAACUACCUGAAGCAUCGCCAGGUGAAGCUGGUGAACAUCCGCAAUGAUGACAUUGCCGACGGCAACCCCAAGCUCACGCUGGGGCUCAUCUGGACCAUCAUCCUGCACUUCCAGAUCUCGGACAUCCAGGUUACGGGGCAGUCUGAGGACAUGACAGCCAAGGAGAAGCUGCUCCUCUGGUCGCAGCGCAUGGUCGAGGGCUACCAGGGGCUGCGGUGCGAGAACUUCACGGCGAGCUGGCGCGACGGCCGCCUCUUCAAUGCCAUCAUCCACCGGCACAAGCCGAUGCUCAUCGACAUGAGCCGCGUUUACCGCCAGAGCAACCUGGAGAACCUGGAGCAGGCUUUCACCGUGGCCGAGCGCGACCUGGGGGUGACGCGGCUGCUGGACCCCGAAGACGUGGAUGUGCCGCAGCCGGAUGAGAAGUCCAUCAUCACCUACGUGUCGUCGCUGUACGAUGCCAUGCCGCGCGUGCCGGAGGCGCAGGACGGCGUCAAGGCCAACGAGCUGCAGCUGCGCUGGCAGGAGUACUACGAGGUGGUGACGCUGCUGCUGCAGUGGAUGCGGCAGUACACCAUCAGCUUCGAGGAGCGGCGUGUGCCUGCCAGCUACGAGGAGAUUGAGCUCCUCUGGCGCCAGUUCCUCAAGUUCAAGGAGUCCGAGCUGCCGGCCAAGGAGGCCGACAAGAACCGUUCCAAAGCCAUAUUCCAGGCCAUGGAGGGCGCGGUGCAGUCCGGGCAGCUGAAGGUGCCCCCCGGGUACCACCCGCUGGACGUGGAGAAGGAGUGGGGGGCACUGCACGUGGCUGUGCUGGAGCGCGAGAAGCUGCUGCGGGCGGAGUUCGAGAGGCUGGAGCGGCUGCAGCGCGUUGUCACCAAGCUGCAGAUGGAGUCGGGGCUCUGCGAGGAGCAGCUCAACCAGGCGGAUAAUCUGCUGCAGGCGGAGCUGCGGCUGCUGGAGGCGGGGAAGGGGCCGCAGAAGGCCGCGGAGGUGGAACGGGACCUGGACAAGGCUGAUGGGAUGAUCCGGCUGCUCUUCACCGACGUGCAGAGCCUCAAGGAUGGGCGGCAUCCGCAGGGCGAGCAGAUGUACCGCAGGGUGUACCGCCUGCAUGAGCGCCUGGUGUCCAUCCGCACCGAGUACAACCUGCGCCUCAAGUCGGGGGUCCCCGUGGCGGCGGCGGUGGCUCCGGUGGCGGCGGCUGCGGCCCCGUCCGAGGCGGCGCUGCGGUACGUGCAGGAGCUGCGGGGCUGGGUGCAGGACAACCAGCGCCGCGUGGCGGGCGCCGGCUGGGGCAUGGACCUGCCCUCGCUCGAGUCGCUGCUGAGCGCCCACCGCGGCCUCCACCGCGACAUCCACGACUUCGGUGCCAAGGUGCAGCGGGCGCGCGAGGACGAGGCCCAGCUACCCCCCAGCUCCCGCAGCGCCUACAGGGAGAGCCUGGGCAAACUGGAGCAGGAGUACGGGGAGCUACUGGAGUCGUCGUCGCAGCGGCUGCGGCACCUCGAGGCCCUGCUGGGUUUUGUGGGCGCUGCCACCGCAGAGCUGCUGUGGCUGAGCCAGCGCGAGGACGAGGAGGUGACGUUCGACUGGAGCGACCGCGGCCCCCCGCUGCCCUCCAAGCAGGAGGCCUACUCGGGGCUGAUGCGGGAGCUGGAGCUGCGGGAGCGGCGGGUGCAGGAGCUGCAGAGCUGUGGGGAACAGCUGCUGCGGGAGCAGCACCCGGCCCGUGACACCAUCGAGUCGUUCCUGGCGGCGCUGCGCACGCAGUGGAGCUGGAUGCUGCAGUUGUGCUGCUGCGUAGAGACCCACCUCAAGGAGAACGGUGCCUAUUUCCAGUUCUUCGCGGAGGUGCGCGAGGCUGAGCGGCUGCUGCGGGACCUACGGGACCUGAUGGGCCGGAAGCUGCGGAGCGACCGCGGGCUCAGCACUGCGCGCCUGGAGGACCUGCUGCAGCAUGCCAAUGAGCUGCGGGAGCAGCUGCAGGAGGUGGGGGCGCAGCUCCCGGUGCUCUCGCGCCGCGCCAGCACCAUCGUGCAGCUGAAGCCGCGCAGCCCCGGCGCCACGGUGCAGGGCCGGCCCCGUCUGCAGGCGGUCUGCGACUACCGGCAGCUGCAGAUCACGGUGCACAAGCAGGACACGUGCACCCUGCUCAGCAACGCACAGCCCCACAAGUGGAAGGUGCUGAGCGGCGGCGGCGAGGCUGAGGUGCCGAGCGUGUGCUUCAUCCUGCCGCCCCCCAACCCCGAGGCGCUGGAUGCGGUGCGGAGGCUGGAAGCUGAGCACCAGGAGCUGCUGGAGCUCUGGCACCAGCUGCACCAGGACCUGCGGAGCCUCAGGGCCUGGCAGUGCCUGACCCGUGACAUGCGGCAGAUCCAGGCCUGGUCCCAGCUCACGUUCCGCACGCUGCCGCCCGAGGAAUGCCGCCAGGUGCUGCAGAGCCUGGAGAUGCACUACCAGGAAUUCCUGCGGGAGAGCCGGGAUUCGCGCAGCUUCGCGCCUGAGGAGCGGCAGCAGCUGCAGCGCGAGUACGAGGCCUGCACCCGGCACCACGACCUGCUGAGGCGUGGCCACGAGAAAGGAGAGCAGGAUGAGUCCCUGUGCCAGAGCUUCCUGUCGCGGCUGAAGGAGCUGAGCCUGCAGCUGCAGCACUGCGAAUCCAGCACCAUCCAUUGCCUGCGGCUGCCACUUGACAAGGAUCCGCAGGUGGAAUGCGCCCGGCGCAUCACGGAGCAGCAGCAAAUCCAUGUGGAGCUGGAGGGCAUCAGGAGGAGCCUGGACUCCCUCGGGGAGGAGGCACAGGAGGUGCUGGCGCAGGUGGAGCCCCCCGGCUCAGCCCCGAUGCUGCGCUCGGAGCUGGAGGUGACGCUGCAGAAGAUGGAGCAGGUCUACAGCCUGUCCAGCAUCUACCUGGAGAAGCUGAAGACCAUCAAGCUGGUGAUCCACAGCACGCAGGGGGCUGAGGAGCUGCUCAGGAAGUACGAGGACCAGCUGAAGGACGUGCAGACGGUGCCGGCGGAUCUGCAGGAGCUGGAGGCCACGCAGGCAGAGCUGAAGCGGCUGCGGGCGCAGGCCGAGGGCCACCAGCCCCUCUUCAGCACCUUGGAGACCGACCUCAGCAAGGCCAAGGAGGUGAACGAGCGCAUGGUGCGGGGCCACAGCGAGCGGGACGUGGACCUGGAGCGGUUCCGGGAGCGGGUGCAGCAGCUGCUGGAGCGCUGGCGCGGGGUCCUGGCGCAGGCCGACCUGCGGCACCGUGACCUGGAGCAGCUGGGCCGGCAGCUGCGGAGCUACCGCGAGAGCUGCUCCGCGCUGCGCUGCUGGCUGCAGGAGGCGCGCCGGCGGCAGGAGGAGAUCCAGGCCGUGCCCAUUGCCGACGUUGCCAGCGUGCGGCAGCAGCUGCUGCAGGAGCAGGAGCUGCUGGAGGAAUGCGACCGCAACAAGGAGAAGGUGGAGGAGUGCCAGCGCCACGCCAAGCAGUACAUUGACGCCAUCAAGGACUACGAGCUGCAGCUCGUGAGCUUCAAGGCACAGGUGGAACCAAUGGCAUCACCAGCCAAGAAACCCAAAGUGCAGUCUGCGUCCGACAGCAUCAUCCAGGAGUACGUGGACCUGAGGACGCAGUACAGCGAGCUGACCACGCUCACCAGCCAGUACAUCAAGUUCAUCACCGACACGCUGCGGCGGCUGGAGGAUGAGGAGAAAGCCGCCGAGAAGCUGAAGGAGGAGGAGAGGAAGCGGCUGGCGGAGGUGGAGGCGCAGCUGGAGAAGCAGAGGCAGUUGGCCGAGGCGCACGCCAAGGCCAAGGCGCAGGCAGAGGCAGAGGCGCAGGAGCUGCAGCUCCGCAUGCAGGAGGAGGUGGCCCGGCGCGAAGUGGUGGCCGUGGACGCGGAGCAGCAGAAGCAGAACAUCCAGCAGGAGCUGCUGCAGCUGCGGCAGAACUCGGACCACCAGAUCGAGGCCAAGGUGAAGCUGAUUGAGGAGGCCGAGUCCAGCCGCAAGAAGGUGGAGGAGGAGAUCCGGGUGAUCCGGCGGCAGCUGGAGAGCACGGAGCGGCAGCGCCUGGGCGCCGAGGCCGAGCUGCGCGACCUGCGGGCGCGCGCCGAGGAGGCCGAGCGGCAGAAGCGGCAGGCGCAGGACGAGGCCGAGCGCCUGCGCCGGCAGGUGAAGGACGAGAGCCAGAAGAAGCGCGAGGCCGAGGAGGAGCUGGCGCGCAAGGUGCGGGCCGAGCGCGACGCGGCGCGCGAGAAGCAGGAGGCGGUGGCGGCGCUGGAGGGGCUGCGGCUGCAGGCGGAGGAGGCCGAGCGGCGCCUGCGGCAGGCGGAGGCCGAGAAGCAGCGGCAGAUCCAGGUGGCGCAGGAGGCGGCGCAGCGCAGCGCUGAAGCCGAGCUGCAGAGCCGGCGCCGCUCCAUGGCUGAGCAGACGGCGCAGCUGGAGCUGUCGCUGCAGCGCGAGCACGUGGCCGUGGCGCAGCUGCAGGAGGAGGCCGAGCGCCUCAAGCAGCAGCAGCGCGAGGCCGAGCAGUCGCGGGAGGAGGCGGAGAAGGAGCUGGAGCGCUGGCGGCAGAAGGCCAACGAGGCGCUGCGGCUGCGGCUGCAGGCGGAGGAGGUGGCGCACCAGAAGACGCUGGCGCAGGAGGAGGCCGAGAAGCAGAAGGAGGACGCGGAGCGCGAGGCCCGCAAGCGCGCCAAGGCGGAGCAGGCGGCUCUGCGGCAGAAGGAGGCGGCCGAGGAGGAGCUGGAGAAGCAGCGGGAGCUGGCGGAGGGCACGGCCCAGCAGAAGCUGGCGGCGGAGCAGGAGCUGAUCCGGCUGAAGGCGGAGAUGGACAACGGGGAGCAGCAGCGGCUGCUGCUGGAGGAGGAGCAGUCGCGGCUGAAGGAGGAGGUGAGCGAGGCCAUCCAGAAGCGGAAGGAGGUUGAGGAGGAGCUGGCCAAGCUGAGGGCCGAGAUGGAGGUGCUGCUGCAGAGCAAGGCCCGAGCGGAGGAGGAGUCGCGCUCCAGCAGCGAGAAGUCGAAGCAGCGGCUGGAGGCCGAGGCCAGCAAGCUGCGGGAGCUGGCGGAGGAGGCGGCGCGGCUGCGCGCCCUCUCCGAGGAGGCCAAGCGGCAGCGGCAGCUGGCGGAGGAGGAGGCCGGGCGGCAGCGCGCCGAGGCCGAGCGCAUCCUGAAGGAGAAGCUGGCGGCCAUCAAUGAGGCGUCGCGGCUGAAGGCGGAGGCGGAAAUCGCGCUGAAGGAGAAGGAGGCAGAGAACGAGCGGCUGCGGCGGCUGGCGGAGGACGAGGCGUACCAGCGGCGGCUGCUGGAGGAGCAGGCGGCGCAGCACAAGCAGGACAUCGAGGAGAAGAUUGCGCAGCUGAAGCGCAGCUCUGAGAGCGAGCUGGAGCGGCAGAAGGGGCUGGUGGAGGACACGCUGCGGCAGCGGCGGCAGGUGGAGGAGGAGAUCCGUGCGCUCAAGGCCAGUUUCGAGCGGGCCUCGGCAGGCAAGAGCGAGCUGGAACGGGAGCUGAGCCGCAUCCGCAGCGAGGCCGAGGAGGUGCAGCGCAGCCGCGAGCAGGCAGAGCACGAGGCUGAGCGGCAGCGGGCGCUGGCGCUGCAGGAGGAGGGCCGGCGGCGCGAGGCCGAGGAGAAGCUGCAGGACAUCCUGGCGGCCGAGGAGGAGGCGGCGCGGCAGCGGCGCCUGGCGCUGGAGGAGGUGGAGCGGCUCCGGGCCAUGGUGGAGGACGCGCGGCGGCAGAAGGAGCUGGCGGAGAAGGAGUCGGAGCGGCAGGUGCAGCUGGCGCGGGAGGCGGCGCAGAAGCGCAUCACGGCAGAGGAGAAGGCGCGGGUGGCCGCCAUGCAGCAGCAGGAGCAGGAGCUGCAGCAGGUGCGGCAGCAGGAGCAGAGCCUGGUGGAGCGGCUGCGCGACGAGGCCGAGCGUGCGCGGCGGGCGGCCGAGGAGGCCGAGCUGGCGCGGGGCCAGGCCGAGCAGGACGCGGGGCUGUCGCGGCGGCGCGUGGAGGAGGCCGAGCGGCUGAAGCAGCGCGCGGAGGAGGAGGCGGCGGCCACGGCGCGGGCGCAGGCGGCGGCCGAGGCGCUGCGCAAGGAGGCGGAGCUGGAGGCAGCGCGGCGGGCGCAGGCCGAGCAGGCGGCGCUGCGGCAGAAGCAGCUGGCCGACGCCGAGAUGGAGAAGCACAAGAAGUUUGCGGAGCAGACGCUGCGGCAGAAGGCGCAGGUGGAGCAGGAGCUCACCAAGGUGAAGCUGCGCCUGGAGGAGACGGACCACCAGAAGAACAUCCUGGACGAGGAGCUGCAGCGGCUGAAGGAGGAGGCGGGCGACGCCGUGCGGCAGAAGGCGCAGGUCGAGGAGGAGCUCUUCAAGGUGCGGGUGCAGCUGGAGGAGCUGGCGAGGCUGAAGAGCCGCAUCGAGGAGGAGAACAAGGCGCUGAUCCUCAAGGACAAGGACAACACGCAGAAGCUGCUGGCGGAGGAGGCAGAGAAGAUGAAGCAGGUGGCCGAGGAGGUGGCGCGGCUCAGCGUGGAGGCGCAGGAGGCCUCGCGCAUGCGGCAGCUUGCCGAGGAUGACCUGGCGCAGCAGCGGGCGCUGGCCGAGAAGAUGCUGAAGGAGAAGAUGCAGGCGGUGCAGGAGGCCACGCGGCUCAAGGCCGAGGCUGAGAUGCUGCAGAAGCAGAAGGACCUGGCGCAGGAACACGCCAAGCGGCUGCAGGAGGACAAGGAACAGAUGCAGCAGCGCCUGGCCGAGGAGACCGAGGGCUUCCAGAAGACGCUGGAGGCUGAGCGCCGGCGGCAGCUGGAGAUCACGGCCGAGGCCGAGCGCCUCAAGCUGCACGUGGCGGAGAUGAGCAUGGCCCAGGCCAAGGCAGAGGAGGAGGCCAAGAAGUUCAAGAAGCAGGCAGAGGAGAUCAGCGAGCGGCUGCACCAGACCGAGCUGGCCACACAGGAGAAGAUGACGCUGGUGCACACCCUGGAGAUCCAGCGGCACCAGAGCGACGCGGACGCGGAGAAGCUGCGCCAGGCCAUCGCCGACCUGGAGCAGGAGAAGGAGAAGCUGAAGCAGGAGGCGGCGUUGCUGCAGCAGAAGGCGGAGGAGAUGCAGGUGGCCCAGCAGGCGCAGCUCCAGCAGGAGACACAGCUCCUCCAGCAGAGCUUCCUGACGGAGAAGGAUGCGCUGCUGCAGAAGGAGAAGUUCAUCGAGGAGGAGAAAUCGAAGCUUGAGAAACUCUUUAAAGACGAGGUGGACAAAGCCCAGAACCUGAAGGCGGAGCAGGAGCGGCAGCAAAAGGAGAUGGAGCAGGAGAAGCAGCAGUUGAAAGCCAUGCUGGACGAGGCCAAGAGGCAUCAGAAGGAAGCAGAGGAGAAUGUCCGGCACAAGCAGGAGGAGCUGCAGCAGCUGGAGCGGCAGCGGCAGCACCAGGAGAAGCUUCUGGAAGAGGAGAACCAGAAGCUGCGGGAGAGGCUGGAGCAGAUGCAGGAGGAAUACAAGGCAGCACUGGCACAGACUCGUGAGAUCAUGAUCCAGACGGACGACCUGCCCGGAGAGGCCAUGGUUGCUGUGGCUCAGCCACACGUCCAAGCCAUGCCCAACGGCAGGGACGUGAUGGACGGCCUCGCACACAAUGGUGAGCCCGAGUUAGCCUUCGAUGGCAUCCGGCAGAAGGUGCCCGCAGGGAAGCUGGUGGACGCCGGCGUCCUGAGCCAGGAGAGCCUGGAGCAGCUGGUGAAGGGCACCGUGAGCGUUGGUGAGCUAGCGCAGAGGGACGAGGUCAGAAGGUACCUGCAGGGCCAGAGCAGCGUUGCCGGGUUGUUGAUCAAGCCCACCAACGAGAAGAUGAGCAUCUAUGAGGCCAUGAAGCAGAAGCUGCUGAGCCCGGGCACGGCACUGGUGCUGCUGGAGGCUCAGGCUGCCUCCGGCUUCAUCAUCGACCCGGUACGGAACACGCGGCUCUCGGUGAGCGAGGCCGUGCGAGAGGGCAUCAUUGGGCCCGAGCUGCACAACAAGAUGCUGGCAGCGGAGCGGGCGGUCACUGGCUACAAGGAUCCCUACACUGGCGACCGCAUCUCCCUCUUCCAGGCCAUGCAGAAGGGGCUCAUCGUCAAGGAGCACGGCAUCCGCCUGCUCGAGGCCCAGAUCGCCACCGGCGGCAUCAUCGACCCCGUGCACAGCCACCGCCUGCCCGUGGAAGCUGCCUACAAGCGCGGCUACUUCGAUGAGGAGAUGAACCGAACCCUCUCCGACCUCACCGAUGACACCAGGGGCUUCUUCGACCCCAACACGCAGGAGAACCUCACCUACAUGCAGCUCCUGGAGCGGUGUGUGACUGACCCUGACACGGGGCUGAGCCUCCUGCCCCUCACUGACCAGGCAGCCAAAGCCAGGGAGCUGGUCUACACUGACAAAGAAGCCAAAGACGUCUUCAAGAAGGCCACAGUGACAGCACCAUUUGGCAAGUUCCAAGGGAAGACAGUGACCAUCUGGGAGAUCAUCAACUCGGAAUACUUCACUGAGGACCAAAGGCGGGAUCUGAUCCAGCAGUACCGGACUGGCAAGAUCACGGUGGAGAAGAUCAUCAAGAUCAUCAUCACAGUUGUGGAAGAAAGUGAGAAGAAGAGCCAGAUGUGCUUUGAGGGCCUGCGGGCCCCCGUGCCUGCUGCGGAGCUGCUGGAAAGCAAAAUCAUCAACAAAGACCUCUACAAUGAGCUGCAGAAGGGCAAGAAGUCAGUGAAGGACGUGGUGGAGAUGGAGUCCGUACGGCAGUACCUGAAGGGCACCGACACCAUUGCUGGGGUCCUGGUGGAGUCGACUGGGCAGAAGUUCACUUUCUAUGAUGCCCUGAAGAGGAACCUGCUGAAGCCGGAGGUCGCCCUGUCCCUUCUGGAGGCCCAGGCUGCCACUGGCUACAUCAUCGACCCCGUGAGGAACAUGCUCUUCUCCGUGGAUGAGGCAGUGAAGGCUGAGGUGGUGGGGCCGGAACUGCACGAGAAGCUGCUGUCGGCAGAGAAGGCGGUGACCGGCUACAAAGACCCCUACACAGGCCAGACGGUUUCCCUGUUCCAGGCGCUGAAGAAGGGCCUUAUCCCCAGCGACACUGGCGUGCGUCUGCUGGAUGUCCAGCUUGCCACCGGCGGCAUCAUUGACCCUGUCCACAGCCACCGGCUCCCGCUCGACGUUGCCUACAAACGCGGCUACUUCGACCCGGAGAUGAACGAGGCGAUGGCUGAGUUCCGCGAUGACGCCAAGGCUUUCUAUUGCCCCAACACCCAGGAACACCUCACCUACGCCCAGAUGCAGAAGACCUGCCGCCGUGACAAGCAGACCGGCUUCUGCCUGCUGCCCCUCUCUGACCAAGCCAUCCAGGCGCAGCAGGAGGAGGUCUACACUGACAGCCAGGCAAAAGAGUGCUUCAACAAGACGACUGUGGAGGUCCCGGUGGGCAGCAUGAAGGGCCAGACCAUGACCAUCUGGGAGCUGAUCCACUCCGAGUACUUCACAGAGGAGCACAGGCGGGAGCUCCUCCGGCAAUACAAGACCGGCAAGGUCACCAUUGAGAAGAUCAUCAAGAUCGUCAUCACCAUCAUUGAGGAGGCAGAGACCAAGAAGCAGGAGAAGCUGACAUUCAGCGGGCUCCGGGCUCCUGUUCCGGCCAGUGAGCUGGUGGAGUCCCGCAUCAUCACCAAAGCCCAGUACGAGCAGCUGAAGGAGGGCAAGAAGUCGGUGAAGGACUUCUCUGAUACGGAGGCAGUGAGAAGAUUCUUGCAUGGCAGCGACUGCAUUGCUGGCGUUUACGUGGAGGCGACCAAGGAGAAGCUCAACAUCUACGAGGCCAUGAAGCGGAACCUGCUGCAGCCCGGUACCGCUGUGGUCCUCCUGGAGGCCCAGGCAGCCACCGGGUUCCUGAUCGAUGCCGUGAAGAACCGUAAACUCUAUGUCAACGAAGCUGUCAAGGCUGGUGUGGUGGGGCCCGAGCUGCACGAGAAGCUGCUGUCUGCGGAGAAGGCUGUCACUGGCUACAAGGACCCUUAUUCUGGCAACACCAUCUCCCUCUUCCAGGCCAUGCAGAAGGGGCUCAUUGUCAAGGAGCACGGCAUCCGCCUGCUCGAGGCCCAGAUCGCCACCGGUGGCAUCAUCGACCCCGUGCACAGCCACCGCCUGCCCGUGGAUGUGGCCUACAAGCGCGGGUACUUCGAUGAGGAGAUGAACCGAACCCUCUCCGACCCCACCGAUGACACCAGGGGCUUCUUCGACCCCAACACGCAGGAGAACCUCACCUACACGCAGCUGAAGGAGAGGUGCAUCGAGGAUCCUGAGACCGGCCUCUACCUGCUGCCACUGCGGGAGCCCGAGAAGAAGCUGCCAGUGGUGGAGACCACGCAGGUCUACACUGAGGCAGAGACACGGAAGGUGUUUGAGGAGACGCAGGUGGACAUCCCGGUGGGCAGCAGGGCGGGCUCCUCCAUGUCACUGUGGGAGAUCAUGCACUCGGAUCUGCUGCCUGAGGAGCAGCGGAAGCAGCUCAUGGAGGAGUUCAAGUCAGGCCGUGUGUCCAAGGAGCGCAUGAUCAUCAUCAUCAUCGAGAUCAUCGAGAAGACCGAGAUCAUCCGGCAGCAGAAUCUCACCUCCUAUGACUAUGUCCGGCGCCGCAUCACGGCUGAGGAACUCUACGAGGCCAGGAUCAUCUCCCAAGACAUCUACAAUCUGCUCAAGCAGGGCUCCAAGACCUUCCGGGAGAUCCUGGAUGUGGAGACCAUCUGGAAGUACCUCUAUGGAUCGGGCUGCGUGGCUGGUAUCUACAUCCCCUCCUCCAAGCAGAAGCUCAGCAUCUACCAGGCACUGAAGAAGGGGCUGAUCAACUCAGAAGUGGCCCGUUCCCUCCUGGAGGCCCAGGCUGCCACCGGCUUCAUGAUAGACCCCAUGAAGAACGAGAUGCUGACCGUCGACGAGGCCGUCAGGAAAGGUGUGGUGGGGCCCGAGAUCCACGACCGGCUCCUGUCUGCCGAGAGGGCCGUGACUGGGUACAGAGACCCCUACAGCGAGCAGAAGAUCUCCAUCUUCCAGGCCAUGAAGAAGGACCUCAUUCCCAGUGAAGAGGCCCUCAAGCUCCUGGACGCCCAGAUCGCCACCGGCGGCGUCAUUGACCCGCACUUGGGCUUCCACCUGCCCCUGGAGGUGGCCUACCAGCGGGGUUUCAUCAACAAGGACACGUACGACAUGCUGUCCGAGCCCAGUGAGGUGCGAAGCUACGUGGACCCGUCCACGGAGGAGAAGCUGAGCUACACGCAGCUGCUGAAGCGGUGCCGCCGGGACGAGGGCAGCGGGCUCCUGCUGCUCCCACUCUGCGACGCACGGAAGCUCACCUUCCGCGGCCUGCGCAAGCAGAUCACGGUGGAGGAGCUGGUGCGCUCGCAGGUGAUGGAUGAGGCCACUGCACAGCGCCUGCAGGAGGGACUCACCUCCAUCGAGGAGGUCUCCAAGAACCUGAAGAAGUUCCUGGAGGGCACCAGCUGCAUCGCUGGUGUCUUCGUGGACUCCACCAAGGAGCGGCUCUCUGUGUACCAGGCCAUGAAGAAGGGCAUCAUCAGGCCCGGCACCGCGUUCGAGCUCCUGGAGGCACAAGCAGCCACGGGCUACGUCAUCGACCCCAUCAAGGGCCUGAAGCUGACGGUGGAGGAGGCCGUUCGCAUGGGCAUUGUGGGCCCUGAGUUCAAGGACAAGCUGCUCUCUGCCGAGAGGGCCGUCACCGGCUACCGGGACCCCUACUCCGGGAAGCUCAUCUCCCUCUUCCAGGCCAUGAAGAAGGGGCUGAUCCUGAAGGACCAUGGGAUCCGGCUGCUGGAGGCCCAGAUUGCCACUGGCGGCAUCAUUGACCCCGAGGAGAGCCACCGCCUGCCUGUGGAGAUUGCCUACAAGAGGGGCCUCUUUGACGAGGAGAUGAACGAGAUCCUGCUGGACCCCAGUGAUGACACCAAGGGCUUCUUUGACCCCAACACGGAGGAGAACCUCACCUACCUGCAGCUCAUGGAGCGGUGCAUCACUGACCCGGAGACUGGCCUCUGUCUCCUGCCCCUGAAGGAGAAGAAGCGAGAGAGGAAGACGUCCUCCAAGUCCUCCGUCCGCAAGCGCAGGGUGGUCAUUGUUGACCCGGAGACGGGCAAGGAGAUGUCUGUGUACGAGGCCUAUCGCAAGGGCCUCAUCGACCACCAGACGUACCUGGAGCUGUCAGAGCAGGAGUGUGAGUGGGAGGAGAUCACCACCUCCUCCUCCGACGGCGUGGUGAAGUCCAUGAUCAUCGACCGGCGCUCGGGGCGCCAGUACGACAUCGAUGACGCCAUUGGCAAGGGCCUGAUCGACCAGUCGGCGCUGGACCAGUACCGCGCAGGCACGCUCUCCAUCACUGAGUUUGCGGACAUGCUCUCAGGCAACAUGAGCGGCUUCCGCUCACGCUCGUCCUCUGUGGGCUCCUCCUCUUCCUACAGUGUCAGCCCGGCACCAGUGAGGACGCAGAUAUCCAUGUGGAGUGACCCAACCGAGGAGACGGGGCCGGUGGCCGGCAUCCUGGACACAGACACCCUGGAGAAGGUGUCUAUCACCGAGGCCAUGCGCCGCAACCUCGUGGACAACAUCACGGGGCAGCGGCUGCUGGAGGCUCAGGCCUGCACCGGUGGCAUCAUUGACCCCACCACCGGUGACAAGUGCACCGUGGCUGACGCCGUGACCAAGGGCCUGGUGGACAAGAUCAUGGUGGACCGCAUCAACCUGGCGCAAAAGGCCUUCUACGGCUUCGAGGACCCGCGCACCAAGACGAAGAUGUCGGCGGCGCAGGCGCUCAAGAAGGGCUGGCUCUACUACGAGGCCGGGCAGCGGUUCCUGGAGGUGCAGUACCUGACGGGCGGCCUCAUCGAGCCGGACGUCGAGGGCCGUGUGUCCCUGGAUGAGGCGCUGCAGAAAGGCACCAUUGAUGCGCGCACGGCCCAGAAGCUGCGCGACGUCAACACCUACUCCAAGUACCUCACCUGCCCCAAGACCAAGCUCAAGAUCUCCUACAAGGACGCCAUGGACCGCAGCAUGGUGGAGGACGGCACCGGCCUGCGCCUCCUGGAGGCCUCCUCUCAAUCCAGCAAAGGUUACUACAGCCCCUACAACGUCAGCAGCGCCGGCUCCACGUCCGGCUCCCGCUCAGGCUCCCGCACCGGCUCCCGCUCUGGCUCCCGGCGCGGCAGCUUUGACGCCACCGGCUCCGGCUUCUCCAUGACCUUCUCUUCUUCCUCCUACUCCUCCUCGAGCUUCGGGCGCAGAUACACGACGGGUCCCACGGAGGCAGUGGCUGCCUUCACCUCCGCCUUGGUCUGGAGCUGCGGGAGGGAGGCAAGCGUGGAGCGCGCCGGGAUGCACCGGCUGCCGCUGCGCGUGGCCCGCCCCGGCACGGCCCCAGCACCGCGGCACUGCUGCCUCCACCGUAAGUGUGGUGGCACUGGCCCGACCGCGCUCCAGCACGUCGUCCGCCAAGAGCUGCUGCCGCCUCCGCCAGCCCACGGCCACCGCGCCUUGCUCCGGCACUGCCUGGGGUCUGCCACGUCUCUCCCCAGCGCCAGCGAGGGCGUCGCGGCACCUCUGGGCGAGCUCCUCACCUGGGUCUCUGGUGUCGGCAGCUUGUGGACGGGUUCGAGGGGACAUUGGGAUGCGGCGGUGGCUCGGCCGCGCUCACCGGCACAGUGGCGGCGCCGCGCCCGGGCCCUGACAUCCCGGUCCAUUGGCACCUCCAUUCUGGCGGGGCAGGAGCUGACCCCGUGGGGUCCUGGCACUGCCGUGUGGGGCAGCCACAGCAGCAGUGAAGGAUGUUCCAACCAGCAGCACCUCCACUGGGUUGUGGUGCAGCACGAUGGGGUUGGAGCAGUGUUGGAUGUGAUGCUAGAUGGUGAGCUGGAUGCGGGAUUGGAUGCGGUACUGGAUGUGGGAUUGGAUGUGGGGCUGGAUGCAGUGUUGGAUGGGGUGUUGGAUGCUAGGCUGGAUGCAAUGCUGGAUGCAGGGCUGAAUGCGGUGCUGGAUGUGGUACUGGAUGUGGGAUUGGAUGUGGGGCUGGAUGUGGUUUUGGAUGGCGUGUUGGAUGCUGGGCUGGAUGCAUUGCUGGAUGCGGGGCUGGAAGCAGUGCUGGAUGCGGGGCUGGAAACGGUGCUGGAUGAGGUACUGGAUGUGGGAUUGGAUGUGGGGCUGGAUGUGGUUUUGGAUAGGAGUUUGGAUGCUGGGCUGGAUGCAGUGCUGGAUGUGCAGCUGGAUGCGAUGCUGGAUGUGGGGUUGGAUGUGGUGUUUGAUGCUAGAGACGUGGGGUUGGAUGUGGUGCUGGAUGCGGUGCUGGAUGCGGGGUUGGAUAUGGGGUGGGAUGCGGUGCUGGGUACGGUGCUGGAUGUGGUGCUGGAUGCGGGGUCGGAUAUGGGGUGGGAUGUGGUGCUGGAUGUGGUGCUGGAUGUGGUGCUGGAUGCGGUGCUGGAUGCGGUGCUGGAUGUGGUGCUGGAUGUGGUGCUAGAUAUGGGGUGGGAUGUGGUGCUGGAUGUGGUGCUGGAUGCGGUGCUGGAUGCGGUGCUGGAUGUGGUGCUGGAUGUGGUGCUAGAUAUGGGGUGGGAUGUGGUGCUGGAUGUGGUGCUGGAUGCGGUGCUGGAUGUGGUGCUGGAUGCGGUGCUGGAUGCGGUGCUGGAUGUGGUGCUGGAUGUGGUGCUGGAUACGGUGCUGGAUGUGGGGUUGGACGUGGGGUUGGACGUGGGGUUGGACGUGGGGUUGGACGAGGGGUUGGAUGUGGUGCUGGAUGUGGUGCUGGAUGUGGGGUUGGAUAUGGGGUGGGAUGUGGUGCUGGAUGUGGUGCUGGAUGUGGUGCUGGAUGCGGUGUUGGAUGUGGUGCUGGAUGCGGUGCUGGAUGCGGGGUUGGACGUGGGGUUGGAUGUGGGGUUGGAUGUGGGGUUGGAUGUGGUGCUGGAUGUGGCGUUGGAUGUGGUGCUGGAUGUGGUGCUGGAUGUGGUGCUGGAUGUGGGGGCCAGGGCCCCAAGACCCUGCAACACCCGGCCAAAGGCUGUGCUGCUGCAGCUCCACACCAGUGUCUGCACCAUCAAGCCAGAGUCAGCUGUGCCGGUGAAUCCAUCCAUGUACCCCCUGCAGCCAGACCCCUGUGGCUGCUCCAUCGCUGGCACUGGCUGCCUGCACUGGCUGCAGCCCCACGGCACUGCUGAGGCCACCGGUGCCAGCGGACCCCCUGGAGCCAGCUUUGAGGGGUCAUCACUGGAUGGGGAGCCCAUGGCAAGGUACGGCAUGGCCGCGACGCUGCAGCAGGGCCUGCGUGUGCAUGGGGGCACUGCGGUGACCGGGAUCCUGCAGCAGGAGUGGGACACGGUGGGGAACAUCCAUGGGGUGAGCAAGGCUGCCACACGGCUGGAGGUGCAGCACCGGCUGCAGGCCCUGCGGCAUUGGCUGGAUGCAGUGGAGCGGCAGCUGCCAGCGCUGCAGCCGGGCGCUGUCACCUCCCUGACGCAGCUGUGGGGAGGCCCUGGCUCAGUGCAGGUGACCCCUGGGCAGCACCAGGGCGCAGGGCACUGCGGUGGCUCUGGUAACGUUCGUUCUCGUGGCUCGUUGCAGGCUGGAGCUGGUGCCGGUGCUGGUGCCAUGGGGAACUCAGUGACCCGGCCCGGCUGCCUGGGCCAGAGGCGCCGGCGCUCAGCAGAGGCACAGCUCCGGGACGCGGUGCCGGACACGGUGCAGAAUGGCUGGAGUGUGGCACCCGGUGCCACCGGGAGCCUGAAGCACAGCCCAGUGCUGGUGCAGAAUGGCAGCACUGCGUGUGUCCUGGUGCCAGGUGCAGCCUGGACACCCCCCACGCACCGUGGCACAUGGGGCUGGGCCCCUGGCACCCGGCGUGAAGUGACGGAGGUGACAGAGGUGACCGAGACCAUCGUCACCGAGAUCGUGGAGGUGACGCAGUACCCGGGCGCCGAGGCCCCGCUCACCGGCACUGGCACCACGCCGGCGGAACGCCGGGGGGACAGAGAUGCCACAGAGGUGGUGCCAGAGGAGGCUGCGUUGGCGGCACUGGUGUUGGUGGAUCGGGCUCAGGACACGCCAGAGGCGCUGCUGGCCUGGGUGGCUGACAUGGAGGAGCUGGUGGGCAACCAGAGGCCACCAUCAGCCGAGGCAAAGGUGGUGAAGGCGCAGCUGGAGGAGCAGAAGCUGCUGCAGCGGCUGCUGGAGGAGCGGCGGCCGCGCGUGGAGCUGGUGCUGCAGGAUGGAUCCGGGGCCCUGGUGCGUGACACCGGCACCGGCACCCUCGGCGAGAGGUGGGAGUGGCUGGUGCAGGAGGCAGGAGCCAGGUCAGGCCGCCUGGAGCAGAUCUUGCCGGCAGCGCUGCGCUUCCAGGAGGCCGCCGAUUCCUUCCAGGAGUGGCUGGGAGCCGCGGAGCGGAGGCUGGCGCAGCUCUGGCGCGCCGAUGGCUGUGGCGACAUGCAGGACGCCCAUCGGCAAAGCCAGGAGCUGUGCCAGGAGGUCGGUGCACGGCUGGGGGAGCUGGACAGUGCUUUGGCAAGUGGGCAGCAGGUCCUGACUAUGGUCACAGGGGAGGAGGUGCAGGUGGUGCAGGAGAAACUGGAGUCGCUGCGGACGCGGUACCUCAUCGUGUGCCGGAGCAGCGCCGAUGCCUCGCAGCGACUGGGGCAGACGCUGGAGGCCUCAGCCCGCCUGGACAUGGUGCAAGAUGACCUGGUGCUGUGGCUGAGCCGCAUGGAGCAGGAACCGGCCUGCAGUGAUGGCACUGACCAAGGAGAGCAGCUGGAGCAGCUCCUGGAGGCGCAGCUGGGCUGCACAACCGCACUCGCUGCGCUCAUGGAGCAGCCGGUGCCGGUGCCGCUGGAUGCUGCGGUGCUGCGUGCGCAGCUUGAUGAGCAGAAGCUGCUGUCAGCUGAGGUCCUGCACCGCCGUGCGCUGGUGGAGCGGCUGCUACGUGUCACCGACCCGCUGCUGCACUGCAUCCCCGACCCGCUGCGGCAGCGCCUGCAGCCAUCGGUGCAGGCGCUGCGAGAGCACAUGGAGCAGCUCUGGCAGCGCUGCAGUGCCCGCGGUGAGCAGCUGGAGCAGGCACAGGCACUGCUGGCGCAGUUCACGGAGGUGCAGGAGGAGCUGCAGCCCUGGCUGCGGGAGGCGCAGGCGGCCGCGCUGCAGCUCGCUCCCAGCACCAUCGACUGUGACGGUUUUAAGGAGCAGCAGCAGCUGCUGCAGAGCCUGCGCGAGGCCCUGGCUGAGCACCGACCGCUGCUGGGGAAGCUGCAGCGCGUUGCAGCACAGCUGCAGGAGCUGAGCCCGGAGCAGGCGGCACCAUUCCGGCAGCGCUGCAGCGAGGCUGAUGAGCUCUACAGCUGCAUCCGGCAGCGCCUGCGCCAGGCAGCCACGCUGCUUGAGGAUGCUCUGCCGCGGUACAGCCAGCUCUCAGAGCGCAUGGAUGUGCUGCGGGAGUGCCUGGAGCGGCUGCAGCGGCGCCUGCAGAGCCAGCCUGGCGCACGCGGCGACGCGGUGCAGCUGCGGGAGCAGCUCCAGGACAACGCACUGGCGCUGGCAGAGCUGGAGCAGCUCGGGGCUGCCCUGGCCACAGUUCAGGCGCAGGGCGAGGAGCUGCUGGGCAGCGUGCUGGAGGCCGGCUGCAGUGCCGCGGCUGCAGGGCUGCAGGAGAGGCCAGCGCAGCUGCAGGCUCAGUGGGGGUCCCUGCAGCGCCGGUGCCAGGAGCGGGAACGGUGGCUGCGGGACGUGCUACCGCUGGCAGAGCGGUUCUGGCAGGGCCUGGCCGAGCUGGCAGUGGCGCUAAGCGACACCCAGCACGUGCUGCUGGCGCUGGAGGAUGCUGGUGGUGACACCGAGGACACCCCAGAGCCUGAUACCAUCCGGGCCCGGCUGCGCUCCAUGCAGGUAUGGGCUGGGGCUGAGGGCAGUGUUGCAAUGCAGGCAGUGCUGCAAGAGCAGUGCCACAGCAUGGUCAGCCCCAUGGCACAGGCAGUGCUGCAGCAUGGGCAGAUCCAUUUCAUGAGUAGUCCAAUGGCACAGGCAUGGGCAGCCUCAUGGUUUUUGCAGCUUCGUGGCACAGUCAGUGCUGCAACAAGGGCAGCACUGUGGUGCAGGCAGCCCCACUGCCAUGGAGCACUGUGCCCAUGCACAUUGCAUGGGCAGUGGUGUAGCAUGGGCAGCCCCAUGGCACGGGCAGUGGCGCUGCGGGAGGAGCUGGACACGCUGCAGGUGGAGCUGGACGCGCUCGGCAGCGUUGGCGUGGAGCUGGCAGCCGCCUGCGGGGACCCCGGCAAACCCGACGUCACCCGGAGCAUGGACGAUCUCUACCGCUCAUGGCACAGCCUCAGCCAGGCCUGGGCCCGGCGCUUCGGCCGCCUCGAGGAGCAGCUCCAGGCUGCUGUCACCCACCAGGACACUGAGCAGCGUCUCUGCGGGUGGCUGGAUGCGGCCGAGCUGCGCCUGGCCGAGGAGUUCCUUGUCGGCGGGGACCUGCCGGUGCUGCAGCAGCAGCUGGUGGAGCUCAAGGAGUUCAAGCGGGAGCUCUACCAGUGCCGGGUGGAUGUGGAGACGCUGCGGCAGCACCAGCACCAGCCCGGCACGGGGGGCACGGCCAAGGGAGACCUGGCCCAGGGGGACCCAUCCCAGGGGGACCCCGCAGCCGCGCUUCCCGACUUCCGCCAGCGCUGGGACCGUCUGGAGGAGGAGAUCGUCAGCCGGCAGCACGAGCUGGAGGCGGCGCUGCUGGGGCUGGGGCAGUUCCAGCACCAGCUGCAGGAGCUGCUGCAGUGGCUGACGCGCACGGCCGAGACGCUGCAGAGCCCCGCGGUGCUGCGCCCCGACCUGCAGAGCUGCGAGAUCGAGCUGGCCAAGCACACGGUGCUGCGGAACGACGUGCUUUGCCACGCGCGCACGGUGCAGGCGGUGAAUGAGGCGGCGCAGGGGCUGCUGCUCUGCAGCAUGGGGCACAGCGAGGAGGGGUUGCAGCACAGCCUGCACCAGCUCAACCAGCGCUGGGAUCUGGUGCGCAGCGAGACCGAGACCCGACAGCUGCAGCUGGAGAACAACCUCAGCCAGGUCCAAGACAUUACACUGGAGAUCACGGAGCUGCUGCAGUGGCUGGAGCAGGUGGAGCUGCAGCUCUUCUUCUCGAAGCCAGUGUGGGGCCACCCGGACACCACCAAAGAGAUGCUCACGGUGCAUCUGGAGCUGUGCAGGGAGCUGGAUUCCAAGCAGGACACGUACAGCAGCCUGCGGGAGCGGCUGCAGCGGCUGCUGGGCCCCAGCGGCGUGGGGCAGCCCUGCAGCACGGAGCACGGGCUGCGCCUGCUGCAGCACAAGUGGGAGAGCGUCCGUGCCGAGGCGCAGGAGCGGAAGGAGAGCCUGGCCGAGGGGGUGACCGUCAGCACCGAGUUCCACGGCACCGUGCAGGAGCUGCUGCGCUGGGUGGCCCAGGCAGAGGAGCAGCUCGGGGACCCCGCGCCGCCCAGCUUCGUCCUUGACACCGUCACCGCGCAGCUGCAGGAGCACAAGGCAAGAGCCAGGCCGGUCCCGGGGCCACGCUGGGCCCUGGGGCUGCUGAGGGCUCCCCAGCAGCAGCAGCAGCCGCAGUGCAAGGGAUGCCUCCGGCUCGUGGGGCUCCCGGCACAGGCUGAGCUGCGCCCGCUCCCCUCCCCUCAGGUGCUGGUGAGAGAGGCGAGUGCCCAUGGGGAGAAGCUGGCCGGCCUGGAGGCUGUGGCCGCUCGCUUGAGGGACUUCAGCAGGAAGCAGGACGGGGCCGUGAUCCAGAACAUGGUGCUGUCGGCCAAGGAGCGGCUGGGGAAGGUGCUGCAGCGGCUGGCGGAGCGCGGCACCGUGCUGGAGGAGGCUCGAAAGCGCAGCAAGCAGUUCACCGAGUCCCGGCAGCUGCUCCUGGACUGGAUGGGUGAGGCCGAGCAGAGCCUGGAGGUGCCUUCGGACACCACCACGAGCCAGGAGGAGCUCAAGUCCCGGCUGGCUGAGCACAAGGCGUUCCAGAAGGUUCUGCGCUCAAAGCGGCCGGUGCUGGAGGCCACGCUGCGGAGCGGACGGGCGCUGCGGGAGGGGGCCCGGCUGGACCAGGACCUGCAGCCUCUGGAGGAGCUGCUGCGGGACCUGAAGGAGCGCUGGGAUGCGCUGUGCAGCCUUGCUGCCGAGAGGCAGCACCAGCUGGAGGAGAGGCUGCUGCUGUCGGGGAAGUUCUCGGAGGCGCUGCAGGCGCUCCUGGACUGGCUGUACCGCGCCGAGCCGCAGCUCAGCGAGGACGCGCCCGUCGGUGGCGACCGCGACCUGGUCAGUGACCUGAUGGACAAGCACAAGGUUUUCCAGAAGGAACUGGGCAAACGCGCUGGCUGUGUGCGGGCGCUGACGCGCUCGGUGCGGGACCCGGCGCGCGGUGACUCGCCGUGGCUGCAGCGGCAGCUGGAGGAGCUGAGCACGCGCUGGGACCUGGUCUGCCGCCUCUCCCUGGGCAGGCAGGCGCGGCUGGAGGCAGCGCUGCGCCAGGCUGAAGAGUUCCACAGCCUGGUGCAGUCAUUCCUGCGCCGCCUUGGCGAGUCGGAGCAGAGCCUCAAGUACGGCGCCAUCCCCGAGGAGGAGGCGGCCGUGCAGCAGUGCCGUGACCUGCUGCAGGAGCUGCUGCAGUCGCUGCAGUGCCAGCAGCUGGAGCUGGAGUGCAUCACCUCACUGGGGGAGGAGAUCCUGUCCUCCUGCCACCCUGACUCCGUUGUCACGAUCAAGUCCUGGAUCACCGUCGCCAAGAGCCGCUUCCAGGAGGUGCAGCGCUGGGCGCAGCAGCAGGGUGAGCGGCUGCAGGCGCAGGCGUCGCGGCUGGUGGCCGAGCGGGAGGAUGCGGCGCAGCUCCUGGAGUGGAUGGCGGCAGCCGAGGAGGCGCUGGGGCUGCGGGACACGGAGCCGCUGCCACAGGAGGUGGAGCCACUGCAGGAGCUCAGCGCACAGCAUGCGGUCUUCAUGGAGGAGCUAAACCGCAAGCAGCCUGAUGUGGAGAAGGUGACCAAGAGCUGCAAGCAGAAGCUGGCCGUGGAUCUGGGCCCACCAGUUGCACGCCGACUGGCCACGCGGCGCCGCAGCACAGGGAAGGCAAUGGCGGAGCUACCCGGGGCGCCAGAGCCCCAGAGCCCGCUCACAGCGCAGGUCCUGCAGCGCUGGCAGCAGCUCUGGCUCCUGGCGCUGGACCGGCAGUACCGGCUCGAGACGGCCCUGCAGCGCCUGCGGGAGCUGGAGGAAUUUGCUCACUUCGACUUUGGGGUCUGGCGCAAGCGCUACAUGCACUGGAUCGGGCAGAUGAAGUCCCGUGUCCUCGACGUCUUCCGAGGCAUUGACCGGGACCAGGACGGGCGCAUCAGCCAGAGGGAGUUCAUAGAGAGCGUCCUCUCCUCCAAGUUCCCCACCAACGUUCUGGAGAUGAACACUGUUGCCAGCAUCUUUGACAUGAACGGCGAUGGCUUCAUCGACUACUGUGAGUUCGUCAGUGCCCUGCACCCCAACCGGGACCUGCUGCGCCGCGGCGCCGAUGCUGACCAGAUCCAGGAUGAGGUGAACCGGCAAGUGGCCCAGUGCAACUGUGCCAAGCGGUUCCAGGUGGAGCAGAUCAGUGCCAACAGGUACCGGUUUGGGGAGUCGCAGCAGCUGCGGAUGGUGCGCAUCCUGCGCAGCACCCUCAUGGUGCGGGUCGGUGGCGGCUGGAUCGCGCUUGAUGAGUUCCUGGUGAAGAACGACCCCUGCAGAGUGAAGGGAAGGACCAACCUGAAGAUCAAUGAGAAGUACCUGGGCGCGGAGGCCUUCGGGGCGGGCGCAGGCAGUGCCUCGUCACCCUCAUCCAAAGCGCUGUCCCCGACCCGCUCCAGCUCCAGCCUCAGCCUCUACAGCAGCGCCUCGGCCCCCUGCAGCCCCCUGGCCAGGAAGUCGGUGCAGCGCAGGACGCGCUCUGGUGACCGGUGCCCCCGCGCCCGCGGCUCCCUCCUGCCCGACGCCGCCGAGCUGCAGCUCCCCGUGGCCGAGCAGAGCCUGGCUGCCGCAGCGGCAGAGCCCCCCGAGGGGUCCCCCCCACAGCGGUGCAGCCCCUGCCGCUGACCCCCUGCACCAGCACCCUCAGCCGGCCCCACUCAGGACCCUCCUGUCCGCCGGAGGAUAGCAGAGCUGCAGCCAUGUGCCCACAGGUCUGACCUGCACUGCUGCUGCAGCAUGUAUGCAACCCCCUGCCCCACAGCACCCCCCCUGCCCCACAGCACCCCUCUGAUCCACAGCACCCCCGUGCCUCACAGCAACCCCCUGGUCCAGCUGCUGCAGCCCCUGCCCCACUGCAGCCCCGCUGAUGUGCUCCAAGUGCCCGCUGCAGCCGCAGCAUUUGGGGCAGUGGGGCUGGGGCAGGCCAGACACCACCGUGAUGGGCUCUACCCCUUGGGGUGGCUGCCGGUGCCGUUGGUGCUGGGUUGGGGGUUCCCCCCAUGCCCUCAGUGCUGGGUUAGGGGUCCCCCCAGUGCCAUCAGUGCUGGGUAGGGCGUUUCCCCCAUCCCGCUGCCCACACCCCAGUGGGCCGUGGCCGGGCUCAGUGCCUUCCCUGGCGGCGCAGCCCCGGUUCUGGUGCUACCCCCCUUCCCUGUCGGUACCUGCGCUAGGGCUCUGGCUGCAGCCACCCUGAUCCCAGUGGGGCAGGGGCUGCCGGGGGGGUCCUGCACCGCACUGCACCCCCCGGCACAGGUCCCAGCCCCGCUGCCGCAUGCUGCCACCACCCCCUAACCGAAGAGCAGUAGAGCUGAAUGUAACCCCGGCCCGCCAGCACCAAUAAACAGUAGAUGGUUUUCUAUGAGUG